ACUGUAAACACAUCUCUGUCCGUUCUCCUCGCGAGUACAAAAGAAUCUAACUCUCUUGUCUUUUCUGUGUUGUUCAACUUGUCUUUAAUAGGUGUCAAACCUGACAUUUACUUGGUCCUUCGAUUGCCGGUCGCCAAUACACCAGAAGGAUUCCGGCAGGUCUGGUCGACCCCAGUACAGACCGUGCGCACGGCAAGUUUCCUAGUGGAAACUUAUCAGAUCCUGUUCAAGGGCUGGAGCUCGACCUGCCUGCUGGGAUCUCACGGUUGACGGUGCUCCAGGAAAAGACAACGGGGGUGAGUGAUUCUUGUUUAAAAGUGGCGAGUGACUGAGGGUCAUUGCGCGCACAGAAAACCCUGUCAAUUCUAGACUCUAACAGGUAACAAAUAGAGCACGAAAAUCCGUGGAGGACGGCGGAGUCCUCGCGCAAAAUUCCGUGAUUAGGUGGACGGAGCCUGGUGCCUUCCUGUUCAGGGAGACGGGGCCCGACGAAUACCCGUUGCAAAAAAGGACGGCGGAGUCCUGCGAGAACAGGCGCUUAAAUUCCGCGACAAAAUAAAAAAUAGGAAAAAGAGUGUGUGUGUCUGUGCGAGUGAUUGGAGGUAGAAAUACCACUUGGUAUUUUACCUCAUAUAAAACAGUAGGACUGUAACCAGCAAACCUCUUGAGGAUGCAGAGGUAAGAACCCCCACUCGAAAGAGUUGAAGCGUGGGUUACCUCAACAGGUUAUUUCAAUUGCUGGCCUACUGAACAGAACCCCAGUUUUUAGGACUCCCUAGGCGUCGACAAACUGGGCCAAAUUUUCAUAAAAAUGGGAAAAGGGAUGAGUAGAAAUAAGCCGACAGACAGUUUAACAUCAAAUGACUGGAAAUAUGUCGAAACCCAGGAUCCUGGUAAAACAAAACAUUUGGAUAAUUGGAUAACAAACUAUAACUUUGACGGCCGUCUUAACUCACAAAAACUAACUUUACUGCAGGAUAACAUCAAACAAAACACAAAGUCAAAUCCAAAGAAAAUGCGCAAACAGGGGUAUGACGACGUGGAUUUUUGGUUAGAAUUAGCGCUAAAAAGAGAAAAAGGACAGAAUAAAUCUAAAAAAAGGAGUGCAGAACAGAAUAAAGAAAGGAAUGUGAUGUACUACAGCAACGAAGAUAAUGAAACUGGGUCAAGAAGGCAGAUAACGCAGCAACAAGCAGCGGGUGGGGGUGGAGAACUAGAUGGUGCUUCUACAAAAAACGCUGAGGGGGUAAAACAGGGAGGGCAGAGUAGAAGUUUAUACCCAGCUUUGCCAUCGCCCCCUGAAUAUGAGGAGAGCGAUAGUGACAGACCUAUCACUAGAUCAAAAGGAGAAAAGUUUGAAUGGUCUAAAACAUUAGGGGAGAGCUUGGUGCAGGGGGCCACUGCUUCCAUCGCGCCUUCUCUCCCUCCCCCAUUUUUUCCUUCAGUAGGGAAAGAUAGUCCGCCAAAUACAUCUGAACUGUAUCCAAUGAUACAAGUGGCAAAUCCCAAUGCGGGAGCAGAGGGGGCAGCGGACACGAUUCUGGUCUACAGAACGUGGACCCUGGAGGACAUAAAAAAAGCACUAGCAGGGAUUACAUCUUAUAAGGAGGAUGUAAACCGUUUUGUUGAAGAGAUGGAUAGCCUGCGCCAGUCCUACCAUCUGAACGGACACGAAGUCCAGCAAGCAUGGAUGACUGCCCUAGGUAGUGACUGGCACCAUGUUCGAGGAGGGUGGAACCCGUUAAGUGGGUCUCCUCCUGCAGUUCUUGCACAUAACGAUAGGGAACUAUCAACCAGAGUUGAUGCUUUAGCAGCAAGAACAAUUCAAAAAUAUAAACGCAGAGCAAACUACACUGAGAUAAGCAGGAUCAAACAGAAGGAGGAAGAAACUUUUGAUGAUUUUAGGACAAGAAUGAUGAACACAUUUAAGAUGCACAGUGGACUGGUGGAAAAUGAUGACGAAAAUGGUCCAUAUAAACAACAGUUAAAAAAUGCACUACAUGCAGGGUCAAAAGACGCAAUAAGAUCAUGGGUAACUAAGUUUUUUAUCAAUGGGGACGAGGAAGGGGAGAUUUUAGAGGCAGGGAUCAGAAAUAAAAAAGGAAGAUUUCUUUGUCGUCCAGGGAUAUGGGGAACCACAUUAUCACUAUUCAUUGGAUGUGCCUAACAGGCCUCCACACAACAUUACACAGACUCUUCUGGCGGAGGGGCGUAAAGCCAUCUCUGCCCCGCAGGAUCAAAGAUCUCCUGAGAGUCUUCACAUCACUCUUUGGGUUAAAACAACUCCGGGGCCUGAUAAGAACUAUGAAGCCAGGCUCAACAAGGUCACCCCAGCCAAGAUAACAGUGACCUAUCUGUACACUGACACACAACACACCUCGGUGGCAGCAGUGAGCCUCCCAGAGUAUCUAAAAUUUUUGAACAGAACAUGGACACCUCCACGUGUCCCUGUUUAAACAUACAAGUGAGCAGUGGGAUAAAUUGGGCAGGGUCGUUGAGGAAGGAGAAGCUGCUACUGAUUGGGUGGCAACCUCCGCAAAUGUGGCAACUAGUGCGUCUACUGGGUUAACUAGAAAAGCACUUUUUUGGACAGCAUGGGUUCAAAAGGGGCAGCGUUUGCACUCUAGACAACACUGACAUCUGUUGCUUACAGAAGAAGAGGAAGUUCUCUUAAAGGACAUUCCUGAUAAAUUAUGGUCCAAGGGACCCACGGAUGUUGGCCUCGUGAAGGGAGCCUUGCCAGUGCAAGUCCGACCUAAAACUGAAUAUAGGCCAAAGGUGAAACAGUACCCUUUAAAAAAAGAUGCACAGGAGGGUAUAAGACCAGUAAUUAAAGACCUCAUUGAGGCAGGAGUCGUAGUACGGUGUGACAAUUCUCCGUGCAACACUCCUAUUUUUCCUGUCAAAAAACAGCCCCCUUCUGUCGGAUGGCGGAUGGUUCAGGAUUUACAAGCAGUAAACAAUGCUGUAAUCCAGAGGGCACCGUGUGUACCUGACCCACACACAUUGUUGAAUUCCCUUAGAUCAGAUGCAAAGGUAUUCACUGUUGUAGACAUCAGUAAUGCCUUUUUCUCAGUACCUGUUGAUAAGGAGAGUCAAUUCUGGUUUGCCUUUACUUUUGAAGGGAACAGGUACACAUAUACCAGACUGCCCCAGGGCUACUGUGAGAGACCUACAAUCUACUCUCAAGUGAUGAGUGCCAGUAUGUCAACAUUUCGACCCCCAGGAGGGAGCCAAAUUUUGUUAUAUGUAGAUGAUGUUUUAUUAGCCUUUCCAAACAUGGAAACCUGUAAGCAAGACACCUUAGCGCUUUUAAAACAUUUAGCUGAAGAAGGUCAUAAGGUCAAUAAAAAUAAACUCCAGCUAUGUAAAGAAAAAGUAAAAUAUUUGGGUCAUGAUUUGAGUGCAGGGGGACGAACCAUAUUGGAGGAUAAAAAAAAAAAAAAAAAUUCUCCAAGCCCCCAAAACCACAAACAAAAAACAGAUGAUGUCCUCUUUAGGACUAACUAACUAUUGUCGAACUUGGGUGCCCAAUUAUGCAGAACUUGUGGCUCCUUUAAGCAAAUUGAUGUAUGAAAAAGAUUUUAAAAUGUCCUCUCCGCUGAGUUGGACAGAUGAAGCAGAAGAGGCCCUUUGCAGAAUAAAACAGGCCCUUGUGUCAAGCACAGCACUUUCUCUACCAAACUAUAAAAAACCUUUUGUUCAAAUGGUAGAUUGUCGAGGUCAUUUUAUGACUUCUGUACUGGUUCAACAACAUGGUGAUAAAAUGGGACCAGUAGCAUAUUUCUCUUCUAAACUAGAUAGUGUGGCGUGUGUUUGUAGAUCUUGAAUAAGUCCUGUUUUCCACCCUCGGGCUUCAACUUGAAGUGUUUCUGUUAUAUAAUUGUUUAGUUUUUGUUUUGUUUUUUCCAUUCUGUCUCAUCCUGAUGUAAUGAUUAUUGUUUAAGGUAUUUUAGGCUGCACCUACCAGCUAUCGCAGAUGUUCCUACAUCUGUACAUAAACACCUGGUUCAGCUCAGCUAAAGCUUUUUGUAGGAUGGGAGAAGGAGUUUUUAUGAAUGUUUACAAAUGACUACUAGAAGUGGCUUUUUUGAGGUUUUCUUUGUGUUUUUAGACAGUUUCCUAACUUCUCUCAGAAACAAUCAAGUAUACGAACAGUCAAAACUUUUGUAUGCUCUUUUCUAAGCUGAAACUAAAGUUUAAAGUGCUUUCCUCUGCCUUUUGAGUUGUGAUCAUGUACUUAGUCCAUCUGUGCAUUUAUCUGUAGUUUUGUUGCACAUUGUUUUUGUUUUUCUCAUUUCUUGAUGUUUCGCAGAUAUGAAGGGCUACAAACUCAUUACAAGAAUUUUUAAGGGUUAUUUAUGAGGCAUAUGUAGUGAUAAGUGAAGUACUGCCGUGGAAUGAAGGCACACCUACCUCACAAUAUGUAACGUAGUGUGAGAAACACUGACCAUCACUAUUUACUUGAUACAUUUUAUUGUAUUGUAAAGGACCUAAUAAUGUGUGUAUUCAUGAAAUGGCCAUAUUCAGACUUGUUAUGUUGUCAGAGGGGUUGGGUUGUUUAAAAUUUAAUCACAGAAAUACUCGACGAGGGUUUUUUUUGUUGAUACUGAUUUGUUUUCCUCUUUAAGUUCUGACCUUUGGUUCAAGAAAACAUGCUAAAAGUUAAUUGACAGGAUUAAGACCUUCCACUCACCUUUCUGUAAUAUGCUUGCAUACAGCUCUCAAUGAAGAGCCAGAUUGUUUUGCUGUGGUACAUUUCUAUUCAAAAUCCUUUUUCUUUGGUCUUUAAUGUUUUAAUUUUCUGAGAAGCUAAAGUUUGGGUCUCUAGUAGCUGUAAAGAAUCAUUAAAACUGCCAGAAAUAAGCACUUUUACUGUUUUAAAUCUUAGAAGUUUCACUUUUCCGUUAAAUUUCUUAAAUAACAUUUUGAUAGUUUAGGUUUGAUGCACUUUUGAUGAAAUUGCGAGUAAAUAUGUUGUUUUUGUUUUUAUUUAUUUAUUUAUUUUUUUUUUUUUGUGUGCGUUUUCAUCAGGGAACGACUGUUGUAUUGUGUAGUAUGUAUGGAACCAAGGCCUCUACUUCGUGUGACUCCACCAACCAUUAUAAAACAAUGUCUAUUAGAAGUAAUGACUAAGACUAAUCCUAAUAGCACCUGUGUGAUUUAUGAUUCAAUAUUUCCCCUUACAGCAGCAGAUGAAAAGAAACCUUUUCUUCUAAAGAUAGCUCCGAGUAACUUCUCAUGUGUAAAUAUAACAGGGUCUGGGAAAAGAUUGGGAAAUCUUUCAGACACCAUGUGUACUACUGUAAUCAAUGUAAACAAUGACUUUAACCCUGUUUCUCGUGCAGAUGUUGGUGGUGGUGCGGUGACGACAGACUUUUUGAUAGAUUACCUCGAAAGGUGACAGGGUUUUGUGCAUUAGUCUCCUUACUGUUACCUGUGUCUGUCUAUCCUAUGUCCGCA